AUGGCCCGCCUGGUCACGGUAACGCUCGCAUGCGCAUUCCUGUCGUCGGGCGCGAUGCGCUCCGAUUCUGCAAGCCAGGAGACUGCUGCAAACGCGACGGGUGAGAGCAUACCAAUUAUUCACUGCUGUUAUGGUGGGAGUGUUGCGUCGGCCGGCAAAGUGUGCAAAGUCGUGAACGAGUUCAUGACAGGAGACUUCUGCAAAGACUACGACGAUCCAAGCAACGGGCGCCCUCUGCGUGUCGACUGGACCGGUGGCUGCGAGCAUGCUCAUCAUUGUCCCGAGCUGUCGUCGUCGAAGUAG